AUGGCGAACACGUUUCGCGGAGUGACGGUGUCUGCCGUCAACAAUGACGGCGCUCUUACGCCGCGGUUCAAUUUCCCUACAAACGUAAACGUGGAUUACGACCCUCAAGGGCUAAGUGUUAAAGUGAUUCGUGCUGAUCCUGUUUUAGCUCAAGAAGUGCUGGAAUUUCCCGUUCACAGCCAAAGUGAAUGUUCGCGAGUAGCAGGCCAGUCAUACAUUUUCACGAUCGACAAUGAAACCUUGUUUUUUAAAUUCGCUUCAGACAUUGAUUGUCAGAAUUUUCAUUUACUGGUCAGCAAAAUUAAAGCGGGACGUUCAUCAAGCGUAUUCACUGUACGCACGGAGGAUUCGUCAGCGAUGCAGUAUUUCCAGUUUUACGGGUACUUGAGUCAGCAGCAAAACAUGAUGCAGGAUUAUGUCAGAACAAGCACGUAUCAGCGUGCCAUUUUAUCAAACAUAAACGAUUUUAAAAACAAGGUUGUAUUGGAUGUUGGUGCAGGCUCGGGAAUAUUAUCAUUUUUUGCAGCGCAGGCUGGCGCACGGAAAGUAUAUGCAGUUGAAGCGAGUAAUAUGGCACACCAUGCACAGUCAUUAGUCCGUGCCAAUGGUUUGCACGAUCGUAUCACUGUUGUCGCUGGUAAAAUAGAAGAAAUAGAGCUACCUGAAAGUGUGGAUGUGAUUAUUUCUGAACCUAUGGGUUAUAUGUUAUACAAUGAACGGAUGUUGGAAACUUAUUUACAUGCAAAGAAGUGGCUUAAACCAAAUGGCAAUAUGUAUCCAACUCGUGGGGACCUUCACAUAGCACCAUUCACAGAUGAUGCACUCUUCAUGGAACAGUAUAACAAGGCGAAUUUUUGGUAUCAGACAUGUUUCCAUGGGGUAGAUCUAAGUGCAUUACGAACUGCAGCAAUGAAAGAGUAUUUCAGACAGCCAAUUGUUGACACUUUUGAUGUCCGCAUUUGUAUGUCGAGAUCUGUGAGACAUGUAGUUGACUUUCUUAAUGCUAAUGAAACUGAUCUGCAUCGUAUUGAAGUGCCGUUUAGAUUCGAGCUGACACAGUCGGGGACUUGCCAUGGCCUUGCUUUUUGGUUUGAUGUGCUAUUUGCUGGAAGUACACAGCACAUUUGGUUAUCCACAGCACCAACAGAGCCCUUAACACAUUGGUACCAAGUGCGGUGCCUCUUGGAGACACCAAUUUUUGCAAAACAGGGUCAAGCACUCUCUGGUAGAGUCCUCCUUCUAGCCAAUAAAAGGCAGAGUUAUGACGUUACUAUGGAUAUUACUUUAGAAGGAACUAACAUUUCAUCGUCCAACACAUUAGAUUUGAAGAACCCGUACUUUAGGUACACAGGAGCGCCUGCUGCUCCACCUCCUGGAGUUAACACAACAUCCCCAAGUGAAUCAUACUGGAACACAAUUGACACAACAGGGGCUUUGAGCAAUGGACAAGUGAUCCUCACAGAUGCUGCACAGCAAUAUUGCUCAACUCCAGAUAAGACUAUUGCAUAUGGGGCCCACCCGAACAUGAUCAAGACAGUUAUGUUGCAAGAAGAGUUCAUCAAAAGGAUCGGGAUAAGUCAAAAUGGAGACAUAUAA